AUGGCGACGACUUCAUCUCCGUCAACAAAAUCAAGUUUUAGGGUUAGGGCUUCUUCAUUAACACUAAUCCUUAUCAUAAUAAUCCUCUUAUUCAUCUUGAACAUCUCCAUUACUACUUCAUAUCAAAUUGAUCCAACCUUUCAGAAUUCAUCCCCUUCCAUUAAAAUCACUUACAGUGACCACUGUGAUUCAAUAGUCCCUGAAUCUAAAUCAAACAAUAUAAACCUAUCACCAUCAGAAUUCCUUCAACUACAAAAUGGAUAUUACAAUGGUGGUGAUAAGUUUCUUUCUCAGAAUCUUCAAUCUUCAUUUAAUUCCCCAAAAUCGUUAGUUUUUCGCACUCGGAAUCUUUACAGUACUGAUACAGAAGGUAUUCAGAAAGUUGAAGCAACCUUGAUUUUCUUUGGAUCAGCAAGAUAUCCCACUGCUUUGAAUAGAACGACUUACGGUGGUGGUGGUGGCGCAUAUCGACAUGGUAAAUUUCGAUAUCGAGGAGGUCCUAGAUAUAGAUUGGGGAGGAAUAGAUUAAGUUUUACUUUACAAGGUUUUUAUUCACAAUCUACUGGGAAGCUUUGUAUGGUGGGAUCAGCUAGUACUUACUCAAAAGAAGGUAAUAUGCUUGAACUUUCUGGUGUGUUUAAGCUUAAUUAUCCAAAUAAUUCGACUAUUAUGACUAGUUUGAUCACUGGUACUUUGGAGAGUGCGGGUAAUACUGAUGAUAGUGUCAAUUACUUUGAACCUAUAUCUAUAUUAGCAUUUUCUCAGAGGAAUUAUAAUUACUCUUUAUCUUUGAAGGAGUAUGAGAAUGGGUUUGAGAAUGUGAGUAAGGAUGACGAAUUGUUGUCGUCUCUUGGUUUUGAUUCUGUUGGGGGGAUAUGUUCGGCGUUGAUUAGAUCGAGUAAUGGCUUUGAAUUGGAGUAUGAAAAUGGUUGUGUUGAUGCUGGUAAUUGUAAUGUUCUUGGUAGGAGUAUCGAUUUUUUGCCGGAUUCUAUGUCUUUCAGUGGAAUUCAGUGUUCACCAGAUAAGAAAAGGUUGAGGUUAUUGGUUGGUUUUAAAAAUGGGACUUACUUUGGGUAUCAUGAUGCUUUGAUUCCUAGUACAACAUUGGUUGGGGAAGGAGUUUGGGAUGAGGAGAAGAAUCAGCUACAUGUAAUUGCUUGUAGGAUUUUGAAUUUUACGGAUUCUUUGGCCAGUGCAUCUGUCGGUAAUUGUUCUAUUAGGUUGAGUUUGAGAUUCCCUGCUGCUCUGUCGGUCAGAAGUAGGAGUACUGUUGUUGGAGAAAUAUGGAGUAAUAAAACAGUGAAUGAGUCAGGUUAUUUUGAUAAAGUUUUGUUUCAAAGUUCUGCUAGUGGAAUGUUGCGUGUUCAAGGUUUGAGAUAUGCGUAUACUGGUAAUGGGAGUGCGAUUAAUUCGUGUAUGGAGAAGAAGUCCCUGAAAAAUAUGGGAAAGAAAUAUCCUGACGGCUACUCAUAUGACAUGAGAUUCGACAUGUCAGUUAAAGAUAGCAAGGGAAAGGUGGCUUGGGGGUACUCGGUCCCUCUAUCUGUAGGUGAUGAAUUUUAUAACAGCCUUCCUUAUAUUCAUAGACUGGGUUUUGUGUACCAGGGGCCUGGAAUACUUCAUGCUAACCACAGCCGCAGCCGCCUUCUUAAUAUCAGCUACGUGAUAAGCUUCAGGCCUCCACCGGGUUUCAGUUUGGCGGGAAGGCUCUCUUCAAAUAAUAUGCCCGUAAAUCAGAACAAACCAUAUGAUGUUUCAGCAGAAGGCAUCUACGACACUAAAACAGGAAGCUUGUGUAUGAUGGGUUGUCGGAAGCUAUGGUUAAAUCAUCAGAACUCAACAAUAAGUGAUUCAAUGGAUUGUAACAUCAGCAUUAGCAUUCAGUUCCCUCCAUUGAAUUCGUAUAAUGGAGAGACUGUCAAGGGAUCAAUACAAAGCACAAGACCAAAAACAGACUCUCUUCACUUUGAGAGUUUAGAGUUGUCUUCAAGGGCAAUGUACUCAACCCAGGCAAAAGAAUCCAUCUGGAGAAUGGAUUUGGAAAUUACCAUGGUUCUGAUAUCUAACACUUUAGCUUGUGUAUUUGUUGGGUUGCAGCUCUAUUACGUAAAGAAACAUCCUGAUGUGAUUUCAUCCAUCUCAAUUGUGAUGCUUGUCAUUCUUACUCUGGGCCACAUGAUACCUCUAGUUCUGAACUUUGAAGCCUUGUUCUUUACAAGUCGUUACCGUCAGCAUGUCUUGAUUGGUAGUGGUGGAUGGCUUGAGGUGAAUGAGGUGAUUGUGAGGGUAGUUACAAUGGUAGCUUUCUUAUUGCAGUUCAGACUUCUCCAAUUAACUUGGUCUACGAGAAUGAGUAAUGAAGGCCAAAAGGGAUUAUGGAAUGCAGAAAAGAACUCUUUGUGUGUUUCGCUACCAUUGUUUAUAAUCGGUGCGUUGAUUGCUUUGAUGAUCCACUGGUUCAAAAAUCAUUAUAGUCGGGCUCCACAACUCCAUGGACAUAUUCUUGCUAGUUACCAGAGUCAUUCUAUCUUGAGGGACAUGAGAUCUUAUGCCGGUUUAGUGCGGGACAAUUUUCUACUACCCCAAAUCUUGCUCAACAUAUUCUCAAACUCGAAGGAUAUGGCCCUUUCUCCUCUAUUCUAUUUUGGAACCAGCAUAGUCCGGUCGUUACCACAUGCAUACGAUCUCUACAGGCUUCGCAGUUAUGCAAAUGUGAAUCCUGAGUUUGAGAUUUAUGCAAAGCACACAGGAGAUUUUUUUUCCACCGCGUGGGAUGUUAUUAUCAUUUGUGUAAGUUUGCUAUUUGCUGGCCUCAUUUACUUCCAACAGAGGUUUGGAGGUAGGUGCAUACUUCCUCAGAGAUUUAAACAGCAGUCAGUAUAUGAGAUGGUACCUAUUGAUAGCAGUGAGGGACUGUAA